UGGAGUUAUUUGUCGUACAAAUUAAUCUAUGAAAUCUGUGAAAGUGAAAGUACAGACAUGGCAUCUGUACAUAUCAACAGUUCUGUAAUAAAGACUUUAUCUGACAACAGUAAAGAGAUUGUUCCUUUCUUUGGUGUGUUGCUGGGUCAAGAAACUAAGGAUGGUUGGCAUGUAACAGGAUGCUGCCACCUUAAGGAUUCCAGUCCUUCACAGUUCUCAGUUGUAAAGGAAUCUGUCUCACAGUAUCUGUCUGGGGGAUUGCAGAUAUGUGGAAUAUUUCUGGAAAAUACUUCUCUAAAAGUUGAAGAUAUUGCUAGUCAAGUGAGAAAAUAUCCUUUCAAACACCAGAAUGGGCUAGUCAUAUGUGUUAAACAAAAAAACAACAGCAAUUUGUCAGAAGAAAAUAUAUUCUUGUCAUCUGAUGAAAACGUUGUACAGAAACCUACUGUCAUUAUCGAAAAAGAUGACCCUCCUUUUGUCAAAGUCAGACUUAAAUGUUCAUUCACACUCUCAGUAAAGAUUGAUAGUCAAAAAGGUGCCCUGAAGAAUGAGUUGUUAUCUGUGAUAGAGAAUUUGUGCAAUACUGUAUCAUCAGCAUCCACGGUAUACAGAGUGCAGAACACUGCUGUGAUUUUCAGCAGUACACAAGUAGUAGGGUUACCAAUGGAGGCCGAGUGCUCCAGUUUACUUCAGCUAUCCACAGCAGACCAAGAUGAAUUUGUAAAAGGAAAGCAAAAACAUUCCAAAUCGCAAUUAGAGGAAACUUUACUGUGUGAUUUGCUACAGAAUGUAACUGUUACCGAGGAGACUUGUGAUGUACCCCUUUGUGCCCCAAUUAUUCAACACAGCUUAGAGAAAUUCAGGGCUGUGACCUUGACAUUUCCUGUUGACAUAUGCUGUCAGGUGACCCCAAAUACCCUGGUGACGACCUUGGGAGAAUAUUUGACUACAGCACUUUGUAAUCAGAUCAAAGCAAUGCAAGACUGUCUCUUGAAGAACAUUGAGGGUGAGAGUCUACCAAAAGUGCAACCAUUUCAUUUCCAACCUUGGGAAUCCUCAGCAAUUAUAACAGUGAUCUACCCUGAAGACAAAUCAGAGGAAAAGUUAGAAAGCAGGCGUCAAGAAUUACAUUCUCUGUUUUGUUUGCCUGCUUCAAGACCAGUGUUCAGGAGAGGAAACGUUUACCUUUUCCCAGAGGACAUUUCACAAUAUGGAUAUCUUAUUAACCCUCAUCAAUACAUCACCACUCAACCAAUGAAGGGUGGGCAGCAGUCUUUGGUUCAGGGUCUGUACAGCUAUCACCAUUACAUGCAGGACCGCUUUGAUGACAACAUGUGGGGCUGUGCCUAUAGAUCACUACAAACCCUGGUCUCUUGGUUCCGAUUUCAAGGUUACACAGAUAAACCCAUUCCAACACACAGAGAGAUACAGCAGGCCCUAGUGGAUGUGGGAGAUAAGGAGCCAAAGUUUGUGGGAUCUCGACAAUGGAUUGGUUCUAUGGAGGUCAGCUACUGUCUGGACCACUUAAUUGGGAUUACUUCUCGCAUCGUCUUUGUUAGUGAGGGGAGUGAUUUAGUAACUAAGGGGAGAGAACUGGCACAGCACUUCCAAGUUCAGGGAACUCCUAUAAUGAUAGGAGGAGGAGUUCUGGCUCACACAAUUUUAGGGGUAGACUUUAAUGAGGUCACGGGGGAUGUCAAAUUCCUGAUACUGGACCCGCACUACACUGGAGCAGAGGAAUUAAAAGUCAUUUUAGACAAGGGCUGGUGUGGUUGGAAAGGAAUGGAUUUUUGGGACAAGACAGCUCAUUAUAACAUGUGUCUACCUCAAAGGCCCAAGGUUAUCUAAAACAAUGAAAAAUAUAAAACAGGUACUGUAAAAAAAAAACAAAGUGACAAAGCCCAACACAGACCAUAGUUUUUAAUGGAAAGGAACAAAGAGCUAGAAGGCAGUUUACAUAUUGUGUACCAGUAUUACAUAGUAUUAGAACUUCUACCAUUGUGUGGUUUUACUUCUGUGUUUACCAAACCAAAAAGGUUGGAUUUUCACUUGAAAAUUACAGGGGAAAAUGCUCAGCAAUUUCAACUGGAUUGGAAGCAGUGAAUGGAAAAAGUUGUACUGACACGUGAAAUGUUUAUUAAACUUGAAAUAAUAUAAUGGUGCAAUGAUUUUAAUUUAUUAUUUUAGAAAAAUCAACAAUGAAAAAAGGACUGUGAGCAACUAAGAUCAGAUAUUAUAUCAGUAUUUGUUUACAAAGGUUAUAAACCUAAAGGGUACAAUUAAUAAAAUGUCACAGAUGUGUA